AUGGAGCCGAGCAGCAAGACGCUGAACAGCGUGGUGGUGCAUACCCUUUCGGAGAUCGGGUCGGAGUACUGCCCGGUUUUGCAGCCUAUGCUGCGGCAUUUGGCGGGUCUCGUGCUCACGCGUCGUCCAAAAGACCCGGAACAGUGCAUUAUCGAUCACCUUUCGGGGAAACACCUAGGGGAAACACAGACACCAUCGAACAGUCGCCUUUCGUUUUCGAUGCGGGAUAAGGAUAUCUUUCAUCAGGGCACCCAAGGUGAAGAGGGCGAUGUGAUCAGUAGUGAAUAUAAUGAGGCAGCUUCACAGAAGUCAUAUGAGCACAGCUACCGCCAAGAACGUGGAACCGCACUGCCAUUAGCAUCUUCUUUACAAUAUGGUUCCUUAAAAACGAUUGCUGAACGUUUAGCCGUCGUGGUUCCACUUGGUCCUGGUCGCCGAUUGCUUGAAAAGUUGGCAAAACUUCUCUUAGAUGUCAAGCCUCGCGACGCGGAGGAGUACUUAUGCACGCGACUGGAGGGCCGCUGCUUCAGUGAGGAGGUUGUCGCUACGAAUGCAAUGAUGCACUCCAUGAGUGGGCUUCUUUUAGUCCCGCCUACUGAUCCAACGGAGAUCCGGUUGCUAAAAGGGGUUCCUAUUGACUCCCCGGGCUACGCGGUGGCGGCCAAUGUCAUCUCGCUUCUCAUUACCAAGAAGCCAUCAAACCCCAUUAAUUAUCUUUUCGACCAUUUUGCCCAUCGAUGCCGAUCCAGUACAAUUUAUUCCGUUGCUUCUUCAAAUCGACACCACAUUGAGGAGGACAGCGUUAGCAGCGUUUCCCAUAACUUGUGCUGCUCCUACGCCGACAAUGCAGAAGGGGAGGCCGAAAUGGAGCCGAUGAACUCCACAGACCGGGAGCUGUGCAUGAACAACUUCCUUAAGGUAAUCCAUGGCCUGACGCCACACUCCAGCUUUGAUCAACGACGGUUGAUGUCUUCGAUCGGACUGGGACGGGGGCGGACGAGCUGGACUUUUAAUCGAUCCGCAAACACCAAGGAAACUGGCACUCAAACUAGCUUAUAUCCUGAAAAUGUUCCCACCAAACAUCAAGCGGGCCACGGUGGCAACAAUUCCGAACCAAAGCCUGGAAGCAUCUCUUCUGGUUCCCCACCUAGGUUUAGGCCGGUGUCGACUUUUUCAUCCGCUGUGCAGUCAGGUUCUGUCAUGAAGGAAAUGAAGAGCAGCUUAUCUACCUCAAAUAACCGAGGAUUUAUGCCCUUAGGGUUCACCUUUGCUUCUGAUUUGACUACUCCUCAGCCUAGCAAUCCCCUCAAUUCCGGUAAUGAGCCGACCAAAGAUCCACCCUCUACGGUAUCCAAGACACCCUCCUCCCCUUCUGCAUUCUUAACGAAUUCGCAGCAGUUGUCUGCACUGUCGGAGGAGCAGAUUCGGAUUUGCGCUGAAUUAGAUCAGUUGAGGAUCCGUGGGGAGCUUCGGCAGGAGUGCUUGAGACAUGAAAUCGAGACACUACGUCGUGAGAAGGAAUAUCGGGAAAAUAUUGCGGUGCUUUACACUGGCGACUCCGAAAGAAGCGCUGCCCACGCCGCGACGGAGGCUCUUUUUCAGGCAGAGCGCUACUUGUAUUUUUUGCAGGAUCAUGAUCAUCAACUGCGGAGGAUGUUGCAACAUCAAUUGCAGGUCUUGUCCUUCCCCGCGGCAACGUUCAUGGGUCACGCCCAAUCAUCUGUAGCGCCCCCUCAGCCCUCCUCGCCCUAUCAUUCCAUUUUCCAGCCACGCACCUCUGUUUCCGCACUACCGAUCUCAAGCCCACUACAAACAAGUUAUUGCUCGGACAAAUACGUGCUGUCGGAGCUGGAGAUGUUACGAAAGCGUGUGGAGUUGCUUACAAUAGAGCAGUCUCGUUUAAGGACGCUUCAAAAAGGGGUUGAUCCUGAUCCCAGUCGUGUUUGCAAUCCCUACCAUACUACUAUCUCUAGUUCACUUCACGAAUCCGAAAUUAUAUCGUGA